UUGUUUCCUUUUCUCUGCUAUUUCCAGAACAAGGUCAGAAAAGGAUGAGCCUUAAUCACCAGCCUGAGAAUCAGCCACUGGCUAAAAAACCCAUGACAUUUGUUAAAUCAUCAUCAGCGAGUGAAGAAAUUCAAUGUGAAAAGCUUGAUGCUAGACCCUCUAAUUCAAGCACAAAUAAAUCUGCUUCACAGUUCCUGUAUGGUGUAAAUAAAAGACUGUCACCUGAAAGACAGCCAGUUGAAAACAACACUUCAGAAAGACAGUCAACUGUAGAUAAAUACAAAAAUGCUCUUAAGCAAAACAGCAAAAUAGUUGCAAGUGCCUCCAUUUCUAAUAAUAAUGUUAUUCAGUCUGGUAGAGGCAUUGGUGUUAUGAAUGGUCGAACAGCAAGAGGAAGCAUGAACACACACAACAAUUCAACUUAUAUGCCUGUACAGCACAACGAGCAAUUUUGGGAAAUCAAUAAUCCAUUCUCAGAGUUUAUUAUUGUUCGGCAAGACUAUGGCUUGUGUAACUCAGCCGUACAUGUUCUACACAACUCUGCAGUGUUUUCCCGCUCAUCUCUGGAAUACACCUGGUCUAAUAUGGACUGUAGUGUGGUUAUCAAUGGAGUAAAUGUUGCCACAGCUCAAGGAGACAAUAAGAAAACUACCAGGGAAGCAGCUGCAGCCAAAGCUUUGGAGUUUCUUUCUCAUCGUUGUUACACAGUUAAGGUUUUGCAAAUACAUGCAUCAGGAAAAAAGGUGCCUUUUGCGAAUGUUACAAGUGACACAACACAGUACACAGGUGUGGAAGGCAUAAAUGCCUCCUUAGAUAAGCCCAUAGAUGAUGGUUCACUGGGUAGCAAACUGCUGAAGAUGAUGGGCUGGACAGGAGGAGGGCUUGGCAAAGAAGGCUCAGGAAUUACUGAGCCUAUCAGACCACAUGAAGUACAUCAUCGACAAGGACUUGGACAUGAAGAUGCUGGUGUUACUCCACAAUUUAAAAAACGUAUAAGAGAUAUUAUACAGAAUUUCAGGCAAGACUCUGGGAUUGAAGAUCUUGCCUUCUCGCCAGAGUUUUCAAAAGAACAACGUGCUGAAAUUCAUAGGAUUGCACGCCAGUACAAGCUGAAGAGUAGCAGCUAUGGUAGCAAUAAAGACAGACAUUUAGUCUUGUCUCGCAAGUUUUCAGCAAAGCAGCUCAUUCGUAAGCUUAUUGAGGAGGGAUCCACAGAUAAAUACCAGCUAAUUCCUCCUCUAAAAAUGUGAACUGGAGAGUCAAGAGACUGAAGUGAAAAAACAAUGAUUAGGAACUAAUAAAUACAACUGCAAUAUUUACUUGUAAUAAGUAUGGUAUUUAAUUAUUUAAUAAGGAUAAUGUUUAAAACUAUUUGUUUUAUGCUAUAAUGUAGUGUCACACACACAACAUUGUAUAUACAGUAUACAGCUGUAUUAGAAAUAUCAACUAGGAAAGAUUUGCUGCAUGUUAUGGAAUAUCUUGACUGAGCAACAAGGU